UGACCGGAAGCAGCAUCACACAGGAACCCACGUGUGACGACAGGGAGCUGCCAUUGUUAGGAGGAAGUGUGUGAUCGGUGCCCGGUGUACAUCAUGAGCUGUCAAAUCACCUGUGUGUCCUGGGUACAGCGGGGGAUCGCUAAGGAGGUGCCCGAUAAGGUUCAAUUGAGUCAAGAGGAGCUGAAUAAACUUAUAACAGAAGCUAAAGAACAGUUGGAAGAACUUGAGGAUAACGAAGAUGAAGCUGGUGAGGAAGCAGAAGAUACCAUCGAGAAUGCAGAGAAACCUGAAGAUGAGGACGAGUCCUCCCAACCAGAUGAGAAUCAGGAGGAAAGCAUAUCCAUUCUGAAAAAUGAUGAGCUUGCAGAAUAUGACCUGGACAAUUAUGAUGAGGAAGGAAAAACCGAUGUUGCGAACCUUGGAGACAGUCUGGCUGGUCUUACUGUAUACAGCUGCAACGAGCAGGAUGCUUAUGUCACCCUAAAAGAUACCGAACAGUAUGAAACAGAAGAUUUUGUUAUUAAAUCCACUGACAACCUCCUGGUCUGUGGUCGAGCAGAGAAAGACCACUGUAGUCUUGAAAUUCAUGUGUACAACCAUGAAGAGGACUCUUUCUACGUUCACCAUGACAUUCUGAUACCAGCUUACCCUCUGUGCACUGAGUGGCUGAACUUUGACCCAAGCCCAGAAGAAACUACAGGAAACUACGUUGCCGUCGGUAACAUGACCCCUGUCAUUGACGUGUGGGACCUCGAUCUGGUUGACUGCUUGGAGCCUGUGUUCACCCUGGGAAGCAAACAAAUUAAAAAGAAGAAAAAGAAAGGGAAGAAGGGGGCCUCGUCUGAGGAAACGCAGGAAGGUCAUUCAGAUGCAGUUCUAGAUCUCUCAUGGAACAGGCAAAUCAGAAAUGUUCUGGCCAGUGCCUCUGCAGAUAACACAGUUCUUCUCUGGGAUAUGUCCCUGGGUAAACCAGCUGCCAAGCUUACAAUGCACACAGACAAGGUACAAACGAUACAGUUCCAUCCCUUUGAGGCACAGACACUUCUAUCUGGAUCCUUUGAUAAAUCAGUAAUUUUGUACGACUGCAGAAGUCCCCAGGAAAACCAUCGAACGUGGCGAUUCAGCGGAGAGGUCGAGAGAGUGGCGUGGAAUCAUUUUUCUCCCAGAAACUUUUUAGCUAGCACAGAAGACGGCUUUGUGUACUGUUUAGACGCACGGACGGACAAGCCACUAUUCACAUUAAAGGCACAUGAUGGGGAAGUGUCUGGUCUUGAAUUAAGCAGUCAAGUUAAGGGGUGCCUAGUAACCUCCUCUGCAGAUAGACAUGUGAAGAUAUGGGAUAUUUUGCUGGACAAACCAAGCUUAGUUCAUUCCAGGAAUAUGAAAAUGGGUGUAUUAUUCUGCACAGCCUGCUGCCCUGAUCUUCCAUUUCACUAUGCUUUUGGUGGCCAGAAGGAUGGGCUGAGAGUGUGGGACAUUAGCAGUAUCGUUGCUGUGAAAGAAGCAUUUGCAAGCAGAGAGCGAUUGAUGGUGACCAAUAUAGCCAGCUCUUCAGAAACCACAGCGGCAGAGACAAGCGGAUCGGCAGCAGAUUCCAUGGAGUCUUAGAGACUUAAAACCAUCUCCAACCUUUUUCUAGACCUUUUUGCCGUAAAGCAAGCUCUUCCUUCCCAAUCUUGGCUGAAAUAUAAAUAAAAAAUGUAUGUCAACAUCAGAUCCUCUUAUGUAAGACUAUCUGGGAGUGUAUUAGAAGUCCGCAAUGCUUGACUUGUCAUUCUCAUUUUCUUAAGAAUUGACUGCCUGAAGAAUUAACUAACUAAGACAAUUAUAAAAUUAAACAGAGGAUUCCCUUGUAUCUGCAAUGCUUUAUUAGUAUGAUAUACAAACUAUGCACUGUGACGAAUCAAUGUACAAUUAUAUUUGUGUGCAGUGAUGUAAAGUUUUUUUUUUUAAUCCUAAAAAGAGAGAAAUGCGUAUGUUACCAUUGCUAAACAACUUGUGAAAAUGGAAGUUUCCUGACUGGGGUGGUGCUGACUAUCUAUCUCACCUUAAAAAUACUCCUAGCAGACUUUUAAAAAGUUUCAAGUUUCAUUGAACCUUGCUGUAGUCUGCUUACUAAUGCUUAUUUCCUAUGAUCCUUGGCUCCAUCUAGUGGUCAUAAUGCUGUAUUUUCCCAAACAACUCUUUUUUAUUAUUAUUAUUAUUUUAAAUGAGUGACCAGGACAACAUUUGAUUUUGCACAGAUCAAAUGAAGCAGCAUUUUUACUGGACGAAUAGCUAUGCAUUUUUUUUUUCUACUUACACCCCUAGGUGUAAAUUGAAGCAUUUAUUGGAUAUGUGUAUUAAAUUUGGAUUUAAACCACCAUUAACAUCUCG